AUGCAGAGUGUCAGGGCUCUUGCCUUGAGAUGCGUGUGGCCUAGCAGCGUCCUCAGGAAACAGUCCCGCGUCUGCCUGUGCCUUCCUCCUGCGCACCUCCGCCUUCCAUUCUUCCCUGAAGCGUGCGAGCUCGUCCGAGUCGUCGAUGGGCGCCGCAGAGGGCUGCAACGAAUGCAUCCCGGAGGUCUGAGGAAUAGCGACCACCCGAUGGAGAGCAACCGGGAUGAAGCACUAAAGUGUCUCGCGAUUGCCCAGCGACGCAGGGACUCUGGCGAUCUCGCCGCCGCCCGCCGCUUCUGCCAAAAGUCUCUCGCGCUCUUCUCGACUACGGAGGCACUCAAGCUGCUUGAGAUCAUCGACGCCGAGGCUGCCUCGUCAGAAUAUACACAGCCCUCAUCAUCCUCUUCCAGCUCCUCGAGCUCCAGCGGGCCGGCAUUUGCCUCAUCCACAGAGACGCACCCCUCUGCGUCGGGCGCACGUCAUCGCCACUCUGGAAGCACAGCUCCAAAUGGUCCGGGCACAAAGGAGAACGGAGCCGCGGCAGGCUCUGGGUCAAAGAAGCGGGAUUACACGCCGGAGCAGGAACAGGUGGUGAAGCGUGUGCGGGCGUGCAAGGUGACUGAAUAUUAUGAGAUUCUGUCGCUGAAGCGGGAGUGCGAAGAGACGGAGAUCAAGAGAGCAUAUCGGAAGGGCAAUUUGCUCCGACAGCUAGCAUUGUCGCUACAUCCCGACAAGAACGGCGCGCCAGGGGCGGAUGAAGCAUUCAAGAUGGUCUCAAAAGCAUUCCAAGUUCUUUCAGAUCCGCAGAAACGAACAGCACACGAUCAACAUGGCUCGGAUCCAGAAUCUCGCUUCAGCGGCAUGCCGUCCGCAAGCCGUGGUCCACCAGGUUUCACGAAUACUCCGUUCGCGAGCAGUGGGUUCGAGGGCGAGAUAUCCCCCGAGGAUCUGUUCAACAUGUUCUUUGGUGGCGGGAUGGGUGGCGGUCCAUUUGGUGGCGGGCCUUUCGGCGGCGGCCGUGUGUUCACUACAUCAUUUGGCCCUGGCGGGUUCCGCGCAACGAGGGCCCGCACUAACACGCACCAAGAGCGACAACAAGCUGCGGAACCACGGUCAACAUUUAUGCAGCUCCUCCCCCUCAUUAUCCUAUUCCUAUUCUCCUUCAUCCACAUGCUCCCUGAUUUGUUCAGCCCUCCAGCCUCACCGGACCCGCGCUUCUCGUUCACGCCAUCUCCGCGGUACAACGUCGAGCGUCAGACGGGCAGGCUCAACGUUAAAUACCACGUUAAUGCGCAAGAGUUUUCAGGACAUUCCAUCGGUGCAGAGCUCGCGCGGAACGGGAACAAGCAUGGGCCCGAGCUCAGCAGAUUUGAGAAGACGGUAGAGCAGCUAUACACGCAGGAUUUGUUCUCGCAGUGUCAGCGCGGGGUGGAGCGGAAGGAGCGGCGACGGGACCAGGAGGUAGGGCUGUUUGGGAUCGGAACGAACUGGGAGACGGUGAAGCGGAUAGAAGCGGAGCGGGUCGAGAGCUGCGAGCGGCUGAAGGAAAUGGGACUAUUGAAGAGCUAA